GGGUGCGUUUUCCGGCACAACACCGGCGGAGGCUCACAAAACACAGCUCUGCAGUUUUCCAGACGCUCUUUGUCCGCCACCGGCUGGAUGACGACACUUUUUUUUAAUCUCACGCCUCUCGCUCACAUUUCGACUCUUGGAAUAAUUAAAACAACAACAAUAAUAAUAAUAAAACAGUGAGAAGGAGUGUCCAGCCCGUCGAGCUUCUUCAUCAUCAUCACCAUUACAGCUGCUGCCAGUGUUAGCUAGUUACUACACAAGUAUAACAUCCUGGUAUUGUUGUUUUUACAACACAGUAAUGGCGUUUCCUGCCGGACUACGACGCAAAACUCCGAGGAGCUUCUCCGCAAUGUUUGGGAGAGACAACGCAGCACAUAAAUAAGAGCAUAGGAGAUUUUAGAGCACUGCUACCUCGCUACUGUCAACCACCAUCAUGACAUCGCCAGACUCUCCCCCUCUGGUGUCCCCCUCCCCAUGCCCUGCUCCUCCUCCGUCGCUCCCUGCCUCUCCAGUGCCGUCCUCCUUGUCCCUACCAGCCCCGCCCUCGCUGCCUCCCACGGGGGAGGUAAUGGUUCUGGCUCUGGGCAGGAGGAAACAGAGGGUCCUGAUUGCUCUGUCCAUCCUGCCCAAUCUCUUCCUGGCUUUUCUGCUGUCUUCUGACCCUCUCAUCACGCUCUCUUCUCCGCACCACUGCCGCCUGCCGGAUCCGGCGCCGUCCCUCGAGGUGAUGAACACCUCCCUGCACUGGCCUGGUGAUGGCGGGGGUCUGUCCCAGUGUAAACAGUACGCCAACGGGAGCCAGUUAGAUGUUGUGGACUGCCAGACUGGAUGGGACUACAACAUCACGGAAGGGCUGAGGAACAACAUUGUGACGGAGUGGGAUCUUGUUUGUGCUCGCUACUGGCUGAUCCCCGUGGAGGAGGUGUGCUUCAUCCUGGGGGUACUGACCGGAUGUCUUGGCUUGGGCUUUACUGCUGACAGAAUUGGCCGCUCCAAAACCUUGCUGACAUCGCUCACCCUCUCGGUGGUGUUUGGCGUUUUGGUGUGUGUCUCCCCAUAUCCCUCCAUCUUCAUUGUCAUGCGCUUCUGUCUGGCAGCCACCAGCGCUGGAGUCUACCUUACCUUGUACAUCUGUCGCCUGGAGCUGUGCGAGCCGUCUUUCAGGCUGAUGGCUACCAUGCUGGCGGGGCUGACAACUUUUGCCGGGGAGCUGCUGCUGCUAGCUGUGGCCCUUGGCUGCCAUUCCUGGAGGGGUCUGCUGGGAGCUGGUGCCGCCCCACUAUCGCUCUUCCUCUGCUACGGCAUUCCUGGAGUUUUUCCAGAGUCCCCUCGCUGGCUCCUGCUGUUUGAGCGACACGGUGACAUGAACUCCUUCGGCGAGAGGAGAAACUCAAAUAGAGACGACGAGAGCUUCACAGAGCUGGAUUCAGAGGCGGCACCCUCCUCACGUCUCCGCCUCUCCUUCCCCGAGCUCAUCCACAGCAGGAAUAUCUGGAAGAACCUCUGUGUGCUGGGCUUCACCUCAUUCAUCUCUCACGGCAUCAGCCACUGCUACAGCUCUUUCCGAGGUGACGUCAGAGGCACGGCCCCCAGCUUCUACUGGACGUACCUGCUGUCCGUGUGCGCGGGGGGCAGCGCCUGGCUGUUGCUGUGGGCGACUGUAAACAGGUGCGGCCGUCGCGGCAUCCUUCUGCUCUCUAUGACGAUGACAGGCCUGGCCUCCUUGAUCCUUCUGGGACUCAUGAAGUAUCUCAGUGAGAUGGCCAUCACGGUUUUCUCCGUGAUGGGUCUCCUCUCCUCCCAGGCCACCGCCUCCCUCUGCAUCCUCUUCACUGCGGAGAUCAUGCCAACCGUCAUCAGAGGGGUCGGCGUGGGUGCUGUGCUCGCCCUGGGCUGCGUGGGCCGCCUCAGCUCACCGCUAAUGGACCUGAGGAACCACUACGGCUACUUCCUGCACCACGUGGUCUACUCCUCGCUGGCCUUGCUGGCCGUCUUGUCCAUCCUGCUGCUGCCUGAGAGCAAGAGGAAGCCUCUGCCCCAGACGCUUGCUGAUGGGGAGCAGUACAGACGCCCCCCGCUGGGCAGGAGGAGGCGGGACAACGUACCGCUGCUGGCCACGCCCAACCUCGAGACCUAAAAGAAGCGUAUAGCAGACAGGCGAGGACACAUGCAGAACAUUUGAUGUCCAUGUUGAUGCAGGAAGGAGAAAAAGGGCUGCAAAGAUUUUUUGCAAAGAAGCUUUCAAACACGUUCUCAUCAUCUCUCAUUGGCACUGAUUCUUGUCGCAUCUUGCCAGAUCUAGUUUUCUACACGUUCAUGUGAGUGAGCUAGCACCCAUCUCAGUCACACUGUCACACUGUCACACUCUUAAGGUGUUGUAAAUACCUUUCUUGACCGCUAGGGUGCCUGGAAGCCAAGGAGAGGAGCGCUUUACACAUUUUAAAAGAAGAGUUACUGAUUAAGGCACUGCUCCAUCAGUGUUAACAAGUUAAAUUGAAGCCCCUAAAGCUUCAGUUUGUGUAAGUCUAGCCUGGCGCUGGAGUAUUUAUUAUUUUAUUUAAGCCUUUAAUCUCCUGAGACUUACAAAAUAAACUUGUUUCUGGAAGUAAAAAAAAAUAUUUUUUAGGUCAGAAAAUGUUUUUAUGUCCCAAUUAACAAUUAUUUCAUCAACUGUUUUAAUGAAAGGAAACAUUCUUCAAAACAACAAAAGUUUUUAACUGUACUUGCAUGUAUAGAUUAUGAAAUUUGGAUUUAUAUUAUUAAUUGCAAAUUUCCCAUUUAGGCACACAGCGUUAGUACUCGGCUUGUAAACAAUUGUUCUUGGAUCAAAUCCGUGUCAGGAAGGUAUGCAAAUGUAUGAUGAAAUUAUUUUAAAUCAUUUAUUUUGCGGAAAAAAAAUAAAAAUAAUUCCCAUGAUUUUGUUUCAGAACAAAACAUGCAUCAAACCGAUUCAAGUUUGUUUAACUAAAGGGUGCGUCAUAUGAAAUUUUACUGCAAAUUUAUACCUAGCCUCUUUCUGCUCUGUCACUGACAAUAAUGGCAAAUUUCCCAUUUUCUAAAUGUUGCGCAGUGCUAGUGCUGGGCUGGCAAAUAAAAAUCAAAUCUCGGCCAAAGGAAGUUUCAGGAAGAUGUGCAACUUUAUUAUUUAAAUGCUCAGUAAAUUUGUGCUAUUUAAAAAAAAUAUUUAACACAUUUUCCCAUUAUUUAUUUUAGUGGAAAACAUGCACAAAUUAAAUUCAGGUUUGUUUAAAAAUGUAUAAUGAAUAACAGGGCGUUCCAUAUAAAAUUUUACAGAAAUGUUACUAGCCUCUUCCUGCUCCGUCACUGAUAAUAAUAUGAUUGCAAAUUUCCCAUUUUCUCAUUGAGGCACAGUGUUAGUGCUGGGCUUAUAAAUAACUGUACUGGGAUAAAAUCUUUGCCAGGAGGAUAUGCAAAUUUAUGAUUUAAGUAUUUUAAAUCAGUUAUUUUGCACUUAAAAAAAUAACAAAAUGUAUUUUCCAGUUUGUUUAAAAAGUUAUCAUAAAUAGCAGCGCUCCAGGUUAAAUUUUACCAGCCUCUCCCUGCUCCUUCACUGAUAAUGAUGGCAAAUUUCCCAUUUUCUCAUUGGCACGCAGCAUCUGGACUGGACUUGUAAAUAGUGGAUUUGCAAAUUUACGAUUUAAUUACGUUAAUUCAGUACAAAACAUGCAUCAAAUUAACUUCCAGCUUAAAAAAAGAUAAUAAAUCAUUUCACAUUAAUAAAAAAAGUGAUUAAGAAAUGUUGUCAGUGUUUUCAGUACAUGUUAAAAAUGAAUAUGUUACCAAAAGCGCUAAAAACUAUUGAUUGAACCGCUAAAACGUAUUGUUUUGACCUUUAAAAAACAAUAACUUUUCUUAUGUCCAUGGAAGCGGCCAUUUUGGGGAGCAGGUGGGACAAAUCACAGGUCCAGGACAUACUCGCCACAGCUUUUUAUGCUGUUAUUGUGUGUUAGGCUGUGAACCAAUUGUCCAAUACAGAGGACAAAAAUACAUAGCUGAGUCUCAGGAGGUUAACAAAUAAAUAUGAAGUUAUGGUUUGAGCAUUGAGGAAACUGCAACAUUCCUAUCUGCAUGUAACACAGCGGUACACUAAGCACUUUUUUAGUGUACCGCUUUCGAUGAGCAGUCUCAGCCAGAAGCGCAUAGACGGGUAUAGAUAAACAGCUCCGAUCGGCUGCCUCAACAAUAGAGGUACAGAACAUGGUCCACUUGAACUCAAUGUCCAGCGUCUCCCUCGUAACGUGUGCAAAGUUCUUCCGCAGGGAGAAAUUGAAACUCUCUGACGGGACACUCUGCCAGACGUUACCACUAUGCGUUUGGGCUUGGCAGGUCUGUCUGGAAUCCUUCCCCAACAUCCCAGCCGACUCACCACCAGGUGGUGAUCAGUUGAAAGCUCCGCCCCUCCCAAGUGUCCAAAACAUUGCACUGCAACAUUCCUAUCUGCAUGUCUAGAAGCAAUUUUUUCGUGUACCGCUUUCGAUGAGCAGUCUCAAUCAGAAGCGCAUAGACGCAGAGUAGAAGCUUAAACGGUGAUAUUAAUAAAAGCAUAAUGCUGAAUGUAUGCGAUGCUGUAGCAAGGGCCCCAUGAUGAAGCUCCAGUGUAGCUAAAGAAGGGCCCUCAGAGCUCCACAUUUUUAUAUUCCUCAAUUUGAACGUUUUAGCUGCUGAUCGUCAUCAUGCUCGUGUGCUUGUGUUACUGCCUAGAUCAGGUUGUGUUGUGUUUUGCAUAACAAGGUUAUUUUUUGUGUCACUCUGUCAAAAGGGGGUUAUUUUGGUUAUUACACUUUUUUUAAAUAUAUUUUUCCACAUAUUUAAACGUCUUUAUAUACACAUUUUCCUUCCAGGGUGAUUGGCUGCAAUGGAUGUUGAGUGUGUAUAAGUAUUGAAUUGUUAAAUGAAUAGAUAGGUAGUCCAGUUGGUCGGGAAGCCAAUAGAUAGUCGCAGGGGGAUCUUCCCCAGUGGCAGUGACAUUGCCACCCUACUUACCGUACUUUACAGGUUUAAAGUAACAACAGGAAUAAAUAAUUAUAUUAUUCUAUUCAUGUUAGCAUAUAACACAGCUAGCGAUUAGCUUUCUCGUUGACAAUUGCGAUUGACGACACUAGCUGGCGAUUAGCGUGCUAGUUGCUAAUCGUAUAGUUGUAUAUUACUAUAUACUGUAGUAUUUGAAAAUGUCAGUAUUGCACAAUGACAAAAUACCUUACAUACCAGUUCGAUUUAAAACACAAUUUUAAAAAUGGUCCCCACUGCGUCCCUCCGUCAGUUUAAAAACAUUGAAGACCCCUGCACCCGACACAAACUACAAUAUUGGUGCGACACAAAAAUUACAGCACAACAAACACAACUUGCAGGGUAACAAGCUGAAGUGUUAACAAAUUUAGUCCCGUGGCUAAAAUUCUGAAUUAAAUAGUGAGUCUCCAGUACUCUACCUCCAGUGGACCCCAGUUGAAUUGAAAUCUAAUGGCCCCAACUUUUUGGGAUUAUUUAAUUAAACCCGUAAACAGCGACAAGUUUUGCAAUGCUAUUUUGAAACUACCUUACACCUUGAACUAUUUGCCCAUUCAAAAUAAUUUCCAGUUUCUGAAGCGUGAGUCUGUGUCCUUUCCUGUGAUGUACUAUAGGAAGGGAAUUCCAGUUUCCCUUACUGCGCGGUGAACCUGACACAUGAAACGUGACAGAUUGGGGAGGUGCACUGUCCAUUUUAGAGUGUUUAAUAUCUUAAAAUGGGCAGCACGGUGGAACAGGGGUUAGUGCAUGUGCCUCACAAUACGAAGGUCCUGGGUUCAAUCCCGGGCUCGGGGUCUUUCUGUGUCUCCAAAGGCAUGCACCUGGGGAUAGGUUGAUUGGCAACACUAAAAUUGGCCGUAGUGUGUGAAUGUGAGUGUGAAUGUUGUCUGUCUAUUUGUGUUGGCCCUGCAAUGAGGUGGCGACGUGUCCAGGGUGUACCCCGCCCGAAUGCAGCUGAGAUAGGCUCCAGCAGCCCCCGUGACCCCGAAAGGGACAAGCGGUUGAAAAUGGAUGGAAUAUUAAAAUGUGUUUUGUAGCAAUUCCAACUUUGACCACAGUGUCAGUUCCUAUGUAGAUUGGCGCUUUCCAUCAUUUUCCGCAGACUGCAUUGCAAAAUGAUUACUCCCACCUUCCACAAAUGGGGCCAUAUGAACUGUAGGUGUCUUUACAGUUACCUAAGGACUGCGACUCAAGAAGUGGCUUGAAAACAAAGCAAAGUGGGGGUUUGUCAAUUAAGUGUGAGUGUGUGAUGCAAGAUUUACUGAAAUUACACAAAUGUCUACCGAGUAGGAAUGGGCAAUAUGGCUGAAAACUGUAUCACUAUAUAAGUGUUUUUAUAUCGGUUGAUACCGAUAAUUAUUUAUAUUUUUUAUGACCUAUCGAAAAUAAAGACCAGGUGGAAAAUAUAUUAAACAAAUAUUUUUAUUUAAAAUGUAACCUUCCUCUGACUAUAAUCCCUUCAGCUGUCAAGGCAUAAAGGAAAUAAAAAUAUAACGACAAGCCCUAUCUCUGAGGACAUAACACAAUUCUACAGAGAAGUUAUAUUUUAAUAGCAAUUGGGUUUUGUUUUUGUUGUGUUGUCACAUAAAACCCAAAGUUUUAGGGGGAAUAAAUAAUAAGGACUUUGAGUGGACGCUUGAAGAGAUUUCACCUACACAUUCCUCAUCUUUUAGUACGUUUGUACUUCCUGUAUAUGUUUAGUAUAAAAUAUGCUGAUUAUAACCGGUAAGAUCAACGCGGAUAAUGUGUGUGAUUGUUGAAUGAUACACUGUUAACUGAACAGUGUAACCUGAUUUCACAUCCAAUAAAAGCGGCUAUGUCAACAUCUGGACUUUUUGCUAUAACCAUGUUGGCCCUCAGUCUAAUUGCCACAUUUUCCAACAAUGCUUGCAGGCGUGGGGUUUGUGAAGGAAUGUGAAACAACAUGGCACAGUAUUAGGUACACUUAGGGGUUAUUCCAGGCAGGAAAAUCUUGAGUUUAAACCUGAAGUUUGAGUUGAUUUACCCUAAAUUGGGAAACUCAGAAUAGCUGACCUGAGUUGGUUCAAUCAACCCUGAGUAUGUUCACUCUAAGUUAAGACCACAAUAAAAACACACAAUCAAUGGAGCGCUGAUUCUACGAGUCACCAUAGCAACCGGGGACAGAAAAGGCUGGAACUGAAAGUGUUCAUGUGUGAUUAUGGUGAGCAUGAACACUUUUUUGGAAAGAAAAAUAAUAACACUGUAAAAUAAUAUUGGACUGAAGUGUAGACAAUUACUGCUCAAGUCAAUGCAUACAUUUGAAGGCAGUACUUUAUUGAAAAGUGAAAAAAUCAUAUGGAAUAAUAUUUUAUUUUAAUUUAGGCGCAAUGCCAUGGGUGAAAAACGCACAUGGAGGCAGCUGAAAAUAAUAUUUUCUUUGUUUUAAUAUUUGACUUGAGAAAUCUGUGCAACUGCUAAUAAAUAUUGCUGUUUGAGUGUGACCAUAUAUAUUUUUUUCGAACCAGGCACUUACGGUUAGACCCAAUUGCUUAUCAUGCUUAACCUACCGUACUAAAUUUCUUGAAAUAAGACACAUAAUUUGCCAUUUCAGCUCUUGUUGGAAUGGUAUUUGUUAAAGCUUAUACAUCGGUUAUAUUAACAAAAAAUCUACUUUUUAACCGAAAAAAAAAGCAUUUUGAAAUGAAUUAUUACUAAAACAGAUUGAAUUACGAAAUCCAUUUAAAAAAGGUCAAUUAACAUCCAAAUUGCGAUUAGUAUUUAUUCCUCUUCCAAAUCCAUCCAUCCAUCCACCCAUCCAUUUUCUACCGUUUAUCCCUUUCGGGGUCGCGGGGCCUAUCUCAGCUGCAAUCGGGCGAAGGCGGGGAAGGGCCUAUAUCAGCUGCAAUCGGGCGAAGGCGGGUAAGGCCCUGGACAGAAGGCCCUGGACAAGUCCCCACCUCAUCACAGGGCCAUCACAGAUAGACAGACAACAUUCACACUCAUGUUCACAAUUCAAAUUCAAUUCAGGUUUGUUUAAAAAUGUAUAAUGAAUAACAGGGCGUUCCAUAUAAAAUUUUACAGAAAUGUUACUAGCCUCUUCCUGCUCCGUCACUGAUAAUAAUAUAAUUGCAAAUUUCCCAUUUUCUACUUGACGCACAGUGUUAGUGCUGGGCUUGUAAAUGAUUGUACUGGGAUAAAAUCCUUGCCAGGAGGAUAUGCAAAUUUAUGGUUUAAGUAUUUUAAAUCAGUUAUUUUGCGCAUAAAAAUAACAAAAUGUAUUUUCCAGUUUGUUUAAAAAGUUAUCAUAAAUAACAGCGCUCCAGGUUAAAUUUUACCAGCCUCUCCGUGCUCCUUCACUGACAAGCAUACUUGCCAACCCUCCCGGAUUUUCCGGGAGACUCACGAAAUUCAGUGCCUCUCCCGAAAACCUCCCGGGACAAAUUUUCUCCCUAAAAUCUCCCGAAAUUCAGGCUGAGCUGGAGGCCACGCCCCCUCCAGGUUUAUUGUUAGGCAGUUUCAUUAACGUCCUCCCAGCGCGGUAACAACACACAACAACAGCAGUCACGUUUUCGUCUACCGUAAAGCAGUUCGUCUGCCGUAAACAGCAAUGUUGUGACUAGGGAUGUCCCGAUCCGAUAUUUGGAUUGGAUCGGCCGCCGAUAUUUGCCAAAAAAUGCGUAUCGGCAAGGCAUGGGAAAAUGCCGAUCCAGAUCCAGUUUUAAAAAAAAACUCCGGUCCGUGUUUUCCAACGCACCAAUUUAAACAAUACAUUCCACUUUUCUGCUGCUCCCUAUUUUCCGUUCCGCAUUUUCCAGCACACCUUCAACACAUCCACAGGUCUGUGGAUUCUCACGCAGUUUCUUUUAGCUGCGGACAUUACACGACAGGCUCUUCUCACUCUUUCCUGUGUCUCCGUCUCACAGACAGCAAGGGCACCUUCUUACACACGUCACAUACUGUCAUGUCAUACGUCACAUACGUAUACGUCCUCCUUGAGCAGAGAGGUAGCAGCAUGGCUAACAUUAGCUGUGAUGCUAGCGCACGGCAAAUCUAUGCCACGCACAAAAUCAAAUAAAAAAAUAAGCGCAUAACAAUUUUCGACACACGGACACGACAGAGAAAACAGUUUUCGUCAUCAUUGUUCAAAUAUUGUAACGUCUGUCGAGACGCUUAUCUCCAUUCGGUGCCACACGUCCACACCAUCAAAAUGCUGAGGCAAACAUUUCCAGAUCAACACCGUAUGAAAAAAAUUGUGAUUUUUUUUAGUUGUGAUUUCCCUCUCUGCAUGAAAGUUUAAAAGUAGCAUAUAUUAAUGCAGUAUGAAGAAGAAUGUUUUAAUGUAGACACAUAGAAUCAUCAUACUGCUGUGAUUAUAUGCAUCAAGUGUUCAUUCAAGGCUAAGGCAAAAUAUCCACAUAUAUAUUGUGUUUCGCGAUAUGGCCUUAAAAUAUCGCAAUAUUAAAAAAAGGCCAUAUCGCCAAGCCCUAGUUCAAUGAUGCCAUUUCUGUUUGUCAUGUAUAAUUUUGUCUAUUUUGUGUUUAUCCUUGAAAAAAACAGGUCAGUUUCUUGUUACCAACCAUUGUGUAUUCUUCAAACUCCCCUAAUUCAGCUGGCUAGUUGUUAUCAAGAGUACUAAAACCCUUUUCAACAUGAUUCUGACAACUAAGUAGGCUAAAUAACUUUAAACUUUAAUACAUGCUCGGAUAGGCCAGUAUCGGUCAGUAUCGGUAUCGGUCAGUAUCGGUAUCGGAUCGGAAGUGCAAAAACAAUAUCGGUAUCGGAUCGGAAGUGCAAAAACCUGGAUCGGGACAUCCCUAGUUGUGACACUCUUAAACAGGACAAUACUGCCAUCUACUGUACAUGCAUAUGUGACAAUAACAUCUAGGGCUUUUAGAGAGUGCAGUGCACAACUGCGCACACAACAAGGAGACGAAGCAGAAUGCAUCAUCAGAGAGGGUGUUCGGCAUGGUUAGAAAAAUAGUGACAGAGAAUAGAACAAGGAUGGACAAUUCAACCCUUAACUCAACAAUGAGUAGAUGAGUGUUAUGUGAAGUGAAGUGAAGUGAAUUAUAUUUAUAUAGCGCUUUUUUCUAGUGACUCAAAGUGCUUUACAUAGUGAAACCCAAUAUCUAAGUUACAUUUAAACCAGUGUGGGUGGCACUGGGAGCAGGUGGGUAAAGUGUCUUGCCCAAGGACACAACAGCAGUGACUAGGAUGGCGGAAGCGGGGAUCGAACCUGCAACCCUCAAGUUGCUGGCACGGCCACUCU